AUGACGACUCAACUCCUGCUUCUACUCCUAUCAGCAUGCAUCGGUCUCGAUGCUCUUGUGCGGGCUACAAAUUCGACUCAAAUCCUUGCCUACAAUGAGGGCCUUUCUGACUACUCGAAUGCGCAGUACUAUGGUACAAUCCAGAUUGGAACCCCUCCUCAGACAUUCCAAGUACUUUUCGACACUGGAUCCUCCAAUUUGUGGGUCCCGUGCAAAGGUUGCAAAGCGUCUGAUUUAGCUUGCGAUUUUCAUCAGAAGUUCGACUGCAAAAAAUCCACAACUUGUACCGAGACAGGACAGCCAUUCGAGAUUCAGUACGGAUCGGGUUCCAUGGCAGGAGUUGUCGAUAACGACAUCGUCUGUUUCGGAUCCGACCACACCUGGUGCACCGAUAAGACACAAGGGCUAGCCUGCGCCACGCAAGAACCAGGAAUCGCCUUCGUCGCUGCAAAGUUCGAUGGUAUUCUCGGUAUGGGAUGGGACCGAAUCUCAGUCAAUGGCAUCCCACAACCUAUGGAUCAGAUUUUUGCCAAUAAGGUCAAUUUUAUAAUAUAA